CUCCUGAGGCGUUCGUCCAGCAGCAAGGCUGGAGGGGAAACCUCUAUCUGCCGCAGAUGGAGGAGCCAAGUAUGGGUGACGACCCUGCUUGGGAUGGCCAGUUUGCGACUGUGCCGGCGGCAGGACCGCAGUUUGGGCCCACGGCGGCUCUAGAGGGCCAGUUCCAGGGCCAGGAGCAGCCCUAUUACUAUGCUGCUCCUGGGCCUCAGCCCGGCUUUGGGGCUGACCAGCAGCCAUGGGGGCAGGAUGGGCAGAUGGUGCCCGACUCUGGGGCUGCUGUCGAGCAGCUCUUCGGGGAUGAUGGGCAGUUGGAGCCCACCCAGGCUCAGGAGCAGGCCUAUCUCCCUGCUGCUCCUGCUGAGCCUAGGACUGACUUUGGGGCUUACAUGCCGCCAUUCGAGCAGUUCUGGCAGCCCGAGGACUUCGGGGAGUACGAGCAGCUCGAGCAGCUCGAGGAGGCGGGCCUUUGGUGAGGAGUGGUCCCCAGUUGAGGCACUCUCAUCCACUCUCCCCAUGGCCUCGUCCGUCUCUUGCAUUGCUGCCACUGCUGCCACUGCUGCCUUCCCCCCUCCCCC